UGCAGUGUACAAAUGAACCCAAUGUCUCCAUUCCACAGAUGGCAAAUUUUCUUAUUGAGAGAACCCAACAUUCAUCCUGGGUAGUAGUUUUCAAAGCUUUGGUCACUGUUCAUCAUCUCAUGUGUUAUGGAAAUGAGAGAUUUCUCCAGUACUUUGCAUCAAGUAACUGUACAUUUCAACUCAGUAACUUCACAGAUAAAAGUGGGGCACAAGGUUAUGAUAUGUCUACAUUCAUCCGACGAUAUUCCAAAUAUCUCAAUGAAAAAGCAGUAGCUUACAGAUCUGUAGCUUUUGACUUUUGUAAGGUAAAAAGAGGCAAAGAAGAUGGGACAUUAAGGACCAUGAAUGCUGAAAAGCUAUUAAAAACUGUUCCUGCUCUUCAGAAUCAGCUGGAUGCUUUAUUGGAGUUUGAUUGCACAUCCAGUGAUCUAAUCAACCCUGUUAUUAAGUCUUGUUUCAUGCUUCUCUUCCGAGACUUAAUACGUUUAUUUGCCUGUUACAAUGAUGGUAUUAUUAAUCUGUUAGAAAAAUAUUUUGACAUGAACAAGAAACAUUGCCGAGAAGCUCUGGACAUUUAUAAAAAGUUUCUGAUUCGUAUGGAUAGAGUGGCAGAAUUUCUGAAAGUUGCAGAGAACAUUGGUAUUGAUAAAGGUGAUAUACCAGACCUUACAAAGGCUCCAAGCAGUCUUUUGGACUCCCUGGAACAGCACCUUGCCACUCUAGAAGGGAAGAAGGCCACUUCAGCAGGAGAGACAAGGUUAAACACAUAUCUGCAAAACGCAGUCUUCGCUCUUUCAUCCACUAGCACUGCAUUUGGAACUGUUGGGGGAUCUGAAAGUCAAGAAGUAAAUGGAUUCAAACCAGAUGACUAUCUUCGUAAGAUUGCUGAAGAAGGAGCAGCUGCUUUGAAGCAUGAUUCUCCAUUUAUGUGGGAACAACCAAGCUGGACUGAUUUGGACUGGAAGGAUAGUGAUACAACUGGCAAUUGGAGGAACACACAAAAUGGUGCACUACCCAAUCUUUCUAGCAAGACUAACCCAUUCCUAGCAUCCCCAGCUACUGACACUCUUCCGGCUGCAUCUGAUCAUGAAAAAAUAGUUGAUCUUUUUUCUUUAUCUAUAACUGAAGGACAUGUUUCAGAAUCUAAUCUUGAAAAAGCAAGUGAUGAUCUCCUUGGACUUAGUGUCAAUCCUUUUGCAGAUAGCUUAAUGAAUAAUAAUGAAAGUCAACAGAGUUCUCUGUUUGCACCAUUUGGAACUAAUGGGGUGUUAGCAUCGACAACAGCUCCUUCCGCUUCAAUUGAUCUGUUUGCAACUGAUGAUUCUUUUGCUGCUGUGUUCGGAAAUGCUUCUUCAAUAGUAGCAGCCCCUGCUUCCACAAACAUUACCACAACCUCACCUGAACACAGUACAAAGGGUGGUGGGCUAAUGUUGCCUGUUGCAGAUAUUUAUGGAAGAUCAGCAUCUCCUUCUCCAACAGCAGAAUUAAUGAAAGGAGCAGGUACUACUCCUAUUUUAUCUCAUCCACCUGAACCAGCAUUUGGUGAACAAGUUGACCAUUUAGAAGAAUGUGCUGCACCAGAAGCUGAUAUGUCAGCAGACAUGGUUUGGGGAGACAGCACUAAACCUAGUGGGCCUUCUCCAGCUCCAGAUGUAAAUCCAUUUGGAUCUUCCUUUGAACCCUCUUCCUCGCUUCCUGCUACCAUGGCAGCUACAAAAGUACCUUAUCGGUCAGAGCAGAAAGCUGACCUAUUUAGCAUGGAUGAUGCCGAUUUUGGAUUUGGAGAAACAACCUCACAGCCUCCUCCCAUCAUGGAUACAACACCAACUACCACUCCAGCACCAACAGCUCCACCUCCUUCUCCAUUUGGAAGUUGGGAUAUACCUUCUAGUACAGGUGGUGGAGUUUCCAAUUUGGAUCUUCAUAGCCAGCCACCUCUUCAUGCUGUGCCAGUUACUUCCUCUCUGUUUCAAGAGUCAUCAAAAUCUUCAGCACUUGAUGAUCUGAAUUUUACCAUCCAAAAGGUCAUGAAUAAACCCUCUGCAGCUCCUCCAUCUUCAACUCCUGGUCUGUCAUCUCCUUUCUUUGGAGGUUCUAGACCAUCAGCCCAGUCUGCUUCACCAGUAGGAGCCAGUCCUGUUAUUGGAUCCCCACUCAGCUCUUCCAUGCCGCGUUUGGAUUCUCCUGGAUUAGUUGGAGCUCAUGCUUCACCUACCCCACCCUCAGGACUGAGUUCUCCAGCUAAAUCUGUUACAGGAGGAGGGUCUGUAGCAUCAGGUUUUGACCUUUUUGGAGAUGUACUUCAGCCACAGCCUGUGGCUGGUGGAGCUAAGAUCCCACAAUCAACAGUUCCAGACACAAAAAGAACACAGCCACCUUCUAAAGGAAUUGUAAAGGGAGAUCUGGAUUCUAGUUUAGCUAGUCUUGCCCAGAAUCUGGAUAUUAGUGGCCCUGGUAAACAACAGAAGUUUGGAGGCCAUCAAUGGGGAUCUCCAAAACCAUCCUCAAAAACUAGUGUGGCUAGUACAGUUACUGGUGGUGGUGGUGGAUGGGCUGGUCCAUCAUCAGGGAUCUCGGCCAACACAGGCUGGGGAUCUCCUCAACACAGCUAUCAACCAAUGGGUAGUGCUGGGCAGUUUGGAAGUGGAGGAACAGGUAUGAUGGGUAACUCUUUCCCACAGCAACCUAAAUCUGGCAUUCCACAGCAGAACUUUGGGAUAGGAGGAGUAAUGAGACCUCCAAUGGUAUCACCUGGUAUGGGAAUGGGUACUGGGAUGAGUAUGUCUAUGGGAAUGGGGGUCACUCAGCCACAGCAGCCCGUGGGGAUGUUUGGAGGAAUUCAACCCCAACGGCCUGUGGGUAGUUUGCAGAGUUCCUCAAAGCCCCCAUCAUCUGAUACUAUUGAUCUGUUUGGAGCACUAUGAAUGAUACAUAUAGCUUGAGCUGGAGCAUAGAAAAGACCCCACCUAUUUCUGGGGUUGUGUAGGUCUUUGUCAUUGUACUCAUGGAAGAUUUGUACCCUUAGAGUUGACAGUUCCAAAGAAUGGUUUUCAUCAGUUUAUUUACUUUUGUGUUUGAUCACCAAGGGAGUGUCUUAACCUAAAAGAACAGAAUGUUAAUAUUAUUCUCAUGUUGUAUGCUGUUUAUUAUAGUAUCUGUUUGUGAUGUAUGUGUUCCAUGUAUUAAAUAUAUAACAAAAAAAAAAAAGACAGAAAGCCGUAUUUCUCAUCAGCUAAUUAUGUCUUCACUUUCACUUCCAUAUUUAUGCAAAGUUGGAUGUUAAUGUGGAGUUUUACGAAACUAUAAAUAUGGUUAUGUAUUAAGAAACAAUUGGUUGUUUUGCCAUUAUUAUAGUUUAUGUCUAUAAGAUAAUUAUAAAAUCACAUGAAGAAUCUGCAGGCAGAAUUUUUUUCUUGCAGAUAAUUUGUAAAAGUAUUUAUUGUUAGACCCUAUUAUUAUUCUGUUUGAACAUCAUAUAUCUGUUUUACAGAUUCAUCACUUUUAGGAUCUUGUUAAAUGAGUAUGUUAUAGAAAGUUUAUUUUGUAAAGUUUAUUUGAUUUCAGACACUCUUAGAGAUAGGGGUUGCUGUUAAAAUAAAUUUGUUAAUGGUGUUUUAGAAAGAAGGUUAAAUGCAGAUUGUCAGAAGCAAACACCAAUAAUACAACUACUCAAACAGAUGUUAAAUUAGUUUACUUUCUUUUACUUUGUUUUGUUUUUGUUUUUGAAAAAAAAGUAUAAUUAACCAUGAUUUGUGUACACAGUGACCCUUCCUCACAAGACUUCUGUAAAUCCAGGAAUUUUUUCAUGGCUUAUGAAAAGCACGCACUAAACUGUAGCUGAUGUUAGAAAAGUUUUAUUUGUGUGUUGUAAAAUGAAACAAAAUUCACAGUCAUAAUGAGGUUUUAAUUCAGUUAUUCAUUGCUUUUUCCAGUGUGAGAUGAAUUGACGUUGUUAAAUAUUAUGUUCUGUAAAUCAGCUCAUUUUAAACAGACACUAUGGAAAAGGAGCAACCAUCUCUCUGUAUUGUAAAGUAGGUGAAGUCACCAGUUUUGAGAGAAGAGUUCAGGUUUAUCCUAUAUGAAUAGUAACACACACAGCUUCAAGAGUAAUUAAUUUGUGAGAGUAUCCUGUAAAAUUGGCUUUUGUUCACAACUACUGUCUAACCAAAGAAAACAAAAACGUUUUAGCUGUAGCUUCUUUAUUUACAGUUGUGAAUCAUAAAAAAUUGACACAGUUAAAAGUGACACAUACAUA